CUCUAAAUGGGAUCUCAGUCGUCAAGAAGCCUGCGUGAACACAGGAAGUGAAAGGAAGGGCAGGAUUAAUCCGGUUGGUGGCUGGUGGUAACCAGGAAACCAGGUCUCGGCUUCUCCUACAGAAAUCCACACAUCCAAACAUAAACAAAGCGAUUGGGUUGCUACACAACGCAUUUGUUUCAGUUAGACUGUAGUCUUAAAUAAUUGAUGUAAUUUUAUUUAAUGUGAACUGUUUAAUGAUCCUCCUUUACGCUGAACUUCCACGAUGUUUAUUUAUCUCAGUAAAAAGAUUGCAAUUCCCAAUAACAUAAAUCUGAGAUGUGUUUCAUGGAACAAAGACCAGGGAUUCAUUGCAUGUGGAGGAGAAGAAGGACUUCUUAAGGUUCUUAAACUUGAAACACAAGCUGAUGAUGCCAAGCUGAAGGGACUGGCAGCUCCCAGCAAUCUGUCAAUGAAUCAGACACUAGAAGGGCAUAGUGGUGCUGUGCAGGUGGUGACUUGGAAUGAACAGUACCAGAAACUGACGACAAGUGACCAAAAUGGCCUCAUUAUUGUGUGGAUGCUUUAUAAAGGUUCUUGGUAUGAGGAGAUGAUAAACAAUAGGAACAAAUCAGUUGUUCGAAGUAUGAGCUGGAAUGCGGACGGGCAGAAGAUCUGCAUUGUCUAUGAAGAUGGCGCUGUUAUUGUUGGAUCAGUAGAUGGUAACCGGAUUUGGGGAAAAGAACUAAAAGGUAUCCAACUGUGUCAUGUUGCUUGGUCACCUGAUAGCAAGAUUCUUCUUUUUGGCAUGGCUAACGGAGAAAUCCAUAUAUAUGACAAUCAAGGGAACUUCAUUGUAAAGAUGGCUAUGAACUGCUUUGCCAAUGUGACGGGUGCAAUCAGUAUUGCUGGAAUACAUUGGUAUCCUGGAACAGAAGGCUAUGUUGAACCAGACUGCCCUUGCUUGGCAGUCUGCUUUGAUAAUGGAAGAUGUCAAAUAAUGCGCCAUGAGAAUGAUGAAAGUCCUGUAAUGAUUGAUACUGGAAUGACUGUGGUAAGCAUCCAGUGGAAUUACUGUGGGAGUGUUCUAGCCAUGGGAGGCUCGCAGAAAGUAGCAUCCCAGGAUAAGGAUGUCAACGUUGUACAGUUUUACACACCUUUUGGAGAGCAUUUGCGUACAUUAAAGGUUCCUGGUAAACAGAUGUCUGCAGUGUCAUGGGAAGGAGGAGGGCUAAGGAUUGCACUAGCUGUAGAUUCUUUUAUAUAUUUUGCCAACAUCAGACCAGAUUACAAGUGGGGCUAUUGCUCCAACACUGUUGUCUAUGCACAUACCAGACCAGACCGCACAGAGUACUGUGUUGUCUUCUGGGAUACCAAGAACAAUGAGAAGUAUGUCAAAUAUGUCAAGAGCCUAAUGUCCAUAACCACCUGUGGGGACUUUUGUAUAUUGGCAACAAAGGCAGAUGAUUCACAUCCUCAGGAAGACAAUGAGGCGGCGUCAGUGAGUGCAUCGUAUAUGCUUGUCCUUUGUAAUUCUAUUGGGACUCCUUUGGACUCGAAAUACAUUGAUAUUGAUCCACUGUUUGUGACAAUGACCAACACCCAUGUGAUUGCGGCCUCCAAAGAAGCCUUCUAUACUUGGCAGUACCGGGUGGCAAAGAAACUAACAGCAAUGGAGAUCAAUCAGGUUUCAAGGACAAGAAAAGAAGGCAGAGAAAGGGUUUAUCAUAUUGAUGAUACCCCUACUGGAGCUGCUGAUGGAAUGCCUGACUUCACAAAAGCCUUCACUGCUACGAGAGAUUCUAUCUGCUGCAUCACAGCCACUGACAAGACUCUGAUAGUGGGCCGUGAAUCUGGCACUCUUCAAAGAUACAGUCUGCCUAAUGUUGGUUUGGUCCAGAAAUAUGCCUUAAAUUGCAGAGCCUAUCAGCUCUCACUUAAUUGCAAUUCCAGCCGUCUUGCCAUUAUUGAUAUCACAGGAGUUCUGACAUUUUUUGAUAUUGAAGCCCGUGUGACAGACGGCUUAGUGCAUUCAACAGUGGGUGAGCUGCUGAAGUUUGAGCGCAAAGAUGUGUGGGAUAUGAAGUGGGCCAAUGAUAAUCCAGAUCUCUUUGCAAUGAUGGAGAAGACCAGAAUGUAUGUCUUUAGAAACUUGGACCCUGAGGAACCUAUCCAGACUUCUGGGUACAUAUGCAACUUUGAAGACUUAGAAAUAAAGUCUGUUCUGCUGGAUGAAAUCCUAAAGGAACCUGAAAUACCCAAUAAAGAUUAUCUCAUCAAUUUUGAGAUCCGGUCCCUACGUGAUAGUCGGGCACUUAUUGAGAAGGUUGGAAUUGAGGAUGCAUGUCAGUUUAUUGAAGAUAACCCACAUCCUAGACUAUGGCGCUUACUGGCUGAAGCGGCCCUUGUGAAGUUGGACCUUAAGACAGCUGAGCAAGCAUUUGUGCGCUGUAAAACCUACCAGGGCAUUGAGUUUGUGAAACGUCUCGGUAACCUACAGAGCGAGUCCAUGAAGCAAGCUGAGGUUGCAGCUUAUUUUGGGAGGUUUGAGGAAGCUGAAAGAAUGUAUUUGGAUAUGGACAGGAGAGACCUUGCAAUCAGUCUGAGAAUAAAGCUGGGGGAUUGGUUCCGGGUACUCCAGCUACUGAAAACAGGCUCUGGUGAUGCUGACGAUACCCUUCUUGAACAAGCGUACAAUGCUAUUGGUGACUACUUUGCUGAUAGACAAAAGUGGGUGAAUGCUGUUCAGUAUUACCUGCAAGGCCGAAACCAAGAACGUCUGGCUGAAUGUUACUAUAUGCUUGAGGAUUAUGACGGAUUGGAAAGACUUGCAAAUUCCCUUCCAGAAAAUCACAAAUUGCUCCCUGAUAUUGGCCACAUGUUUGUGACUGUAGGCAUGUGUGAACAGGCAGUGAGUGCAUAUUUGAAAUGCAACAAACCUAAAGCUGCUGUUGAUGCCUGUGUGCAUCUAAAUCAGUGGAAUAAAGGUGUUGAGCUGGCGAAGAACCACAACAUGAAAGAGAUUGGAUCCCUCUUAUCAAAAUAUGCAUCCCAUCUAUUAGAGAAGAAUAAAACCCUGGAUGCUAUUGAGCUGUACAGAAAAGCCCAUUAUUUCCUCGAUGCAGCCAAACUGAUGUUCAAGAUUGCUGGUGAAGAAGCAAAAAAGAGAAAUAAGCCACUACGUGUUAAAAAACUGUAUGUGCUGGCAGCAUUACUUGUGGAAAAUUAUCACAAACAGAUUAAAACUACUCAACAGGAAAGGGGUAAAGGGAAAGUAUCUGAGGCGACAUCAGCGCUAGCAGGUUUGCUGGAGGAAGAUGCCACCUCAUCAGAUAAUCGAAUUAUUGACACCGCUUGGCGUGGAGCUGAAGCCUAUCACUUUUUCUUACUUGCUCAAAGGCAGCUUUAUGAAGGUUAUGCUGAUGCAGCCAUGAGAACAGCCCUUCACCUGCGUGAUUAUGAAGACAUCAUUCCAGCAGUGGAGAUAUACUCCCUCCUCGCUGUUUGUGCCUGUGCCAACCGAGCAUUCGGGACCUGCUCCAAGGCUUUUAUCAAAUUGGAAUCCAUGGACACCCUGUCUGCUGAGCAAAGACAGCAAUACGAGGACCUGGCUUUGGAGAUCUUUAUGAAACACAGCCCUAAAGAUAGCAGGAAAUUUGAACUGGACAGCCUUCAAGAAGUGGAAGAAGGGAAGCAGACGACCUGCAUUGUAACAGGACGGAUCAUUUCAGAAUACCACUUCUGGAUGUGCAAUGUCUGCAAACACUGUGCCCUGGAACAAGAGAUAAGCAAUCGGAAUUUCUGCCCACUUUGCCACAGCACUGUAGCAUAGGCUGUAUAACUAAACAGGAAAGAGAGUUUUCAAGCUUACUGAUAUUUGUUUUCUUUUGUCUAAAUGUAUUUUUGUUAACUGUAAACCAAUUUUUUGUAUUUAAGUAGAUUCAUGUUUUCUUAUAUAAUGUAUUCUCCAUCUCUUUGUGUUAAUGUAAUUCCAAAAUAUACAUACAUAUAUAAGGGAAACUUCAAUUUUUUUUUUAUUUUUUUUUAAUUGUAACAUGGAUUGACAUUCAUAUUUUUCUAUCAAAUAUACUAUAUAUAAAAUAUAUAAGUGAGUAUAUUAAUGAGUUCCUAACUAAUACAUCAAGCAUUGUCGUCCAAUUUGAUACUGCAAAUGGUAGUACUGGUGGAAUUGUCAACUUAUGGGUAUGUUUUGAAGGCUUGAAUUGUAACAGAACAAUUGAAAUAUGUCUGCAAUGACAUCAAAUGUGCUGUGUGUACUCCAUCUUAAUGACAUUCCAGCAGUGUUUUUACAAUGCCUCGGAGAAGGAACACUGAAAUGUCAUUGAUCAGUUACCAAAAAAAAAAAAAAUCACAGCAAUUCAGUGUAGUGUGUAGAUAAGACUGUCACACAGGCACGUAAUACAUCAGCAAUUCCUAGUGUGUCUUGUUCUCACUUUGUACCAAGCAUAGCUCACUAUAAAAGAAGCUCCAAUAUACAAACUGGUACCUGUAGAUCUGCUUGCUACAUACCACAGGACCACAAAGGACAUAAGAUAACAUACAAUAUAUCUCAGAUGAAUUUCUGCUCUUGGAUCAAUCAGUACUGUUUAUUUGUUGUUUGUAGGGUUAGCCUAUCAUCAUGGCAUUGAUAUAAGGAACAGAAACAAAAUCAGCUGUCAGCAGUUUUUGUUAUUUUAGCAGAUAAUGUACACUGAUAUUCAUGUUUAAAUUUCUUCCAGCACAGAAUUUAAUGUUUGGUUUGGUGCUCUUACUAAUGACGCAAGAACGACCUUUUGUAAUUUGUAUUGAUCUUGCUUAAUCUGCAUUGGUUGCGGGUGUAUUCAGCAUUUUGAAGCAGAAAUUGA